GGGCGCGGCGCGCGCGGCCGCGGCCGGCAUGGCGGCCGUUGCCUAGCGCGGGCCGCAAACAGCGCCCGGCCCGCCGCCGCCGCCGGCUGCCCUCCGCCGGCCCGGGCCCGCCGCACCCUGCGGCCUCCGCGGCCCCUGCGGCUCCCGACACUCACGCGUGAUAAGAUCCCGGCUGCUCCUCGGGUUUGGAGACGCUGCAGACGCGGAAAAUCUGCCGGGCCGCCCUCACAGCAUCGCUGCAGGCGAAAAGUUGCAGACAACUAAGGUGAAUGAGGUGAACAGAGCAGUGGUAACAGAUUUCUCCUUGACUUUAUGAAUACUGAGUGGUAAUCACAAGGGUGGAGUCUGGCAUGGAGGAGAUCCCAGUUAAAGUUGCAGUCCGAGUCAGGCCUCUGCUUUCCAAAGAAAUACUUCAUAACCACCAAGCAUGUGUCAGAUUAGUUCCAAAUGCUAAACAAGUUGUCAUUGGAAAGGACCAUGUCUUCACUUUUGAUUUCGUAUUUGGCAAAAACUCAACCCAAGAAGAAGUGUACGCUGUUUGCAUUAAGCCUCUCCUAGUGUCUCUGACUGAAGGAUACAAUGCUACAGUGUUUGCCUAUGGACAGACUGGCUCUGGGAAGACUUACACCAUUGGCGGUGACCACAUUGCAUCAAUUGCAGUGGAUGAAAGGGGCAUAAUCCCACGGGCUAUUCAGGAAUUAUUUCAUCAUAUUUCUGAACAUCGUAAUAUUAACUUCUGUGUGAAGGUAUCCUAUAUAGAGGUUUACAAGGAAGAACUUCGAGAUUUGUUGGAUUUGGAGACCUCUGUAAAAGAACUACAUAUCCGAGAAGAUGAGAAGGGAAACACAGUGAUUGUCGGUGCUAAGGAAUUCCAAGUAGAAUGUGCAGAUGAAGUGAUAAGCCUGCUGGAAAGUGGCAAUGCAGCUCGUCACACAGGCACAACACAGAAGAAUGAGCACUCUAGUCGAUCUCAUGCCAUUUUUACCAUCAGUAUUCGUCAGAAGCAGUCUGCAGAGUAUCAGAAAAAUACUGAUGUUGCACAGGAUUUGAUUGCUUCAAAGUUUCAUUUUGUGGAUUUGGCAGGAUCAGAGAGGGUAGCAAAGACAGGAAAUACUGGUGAACGCUUCAAAGAAUCAAUUCAGAUCAAUAGUGGCCUCUUGGCCUUGGGAAAUGUCAUCAGUGCCCUUGGAGACCCAAAAAGGAAAAGUGUACAUAUUCCAUACAGGGAUGCUAAAAUCACUCGUAUUCUGAAAGACUCCCUUGGAGGAAAUGCCAAGACUGUUAUGAUAACAUGUAUAAGUCCAUCCUCACUGGACUUUGAUGAAUCUUUAAAUUCCCUCAAAUAUGCCAACAGAGCCAAAAACAUUAGAAAUAAACCAGUUGUAAAUUACAACCCAGAAAAAGACCGAAUUGAUGAAAUGGAACUUGAAAUCAGAUUGCUUCGGGAAGCUUUGCAGAGCCAGCAGGCCAAUAAUCAGCAUUUACACGACUUAAAUGAAGAAAAAGCCCGUAUCAGUUCACUUGAGGAGCAGCUCACUCGCCUUCAGGUUCAAUAUUUCAGUUACAGAAAUUGUGUAGAUGAAGCCUUCCCCUUUCUGGUUGAUUUGAAUGAUGAUGUUAGCUUACGGAGAAGUCAGCGGGACAGGUUGCAGAGCUGGAUCACUAUGGUACAGAAAGUAAGGAAGGAAGCUCUCACCAUUGAGGAAACUGACACAGGGACUGAGACCAGCCCAGUACCACAUCACAUCACAAUUCUUGAGCUGAAGAGGGAACUAAAGAAAUACCAGCAGGUACUAGUUAUGGAUGAAGAACUAUUUAGCCAGAAGAAUCGUGAAGUGCAGACACUGCAGAAUCAGAUAAAGACAUUACUGCAGGAAAAGGAAGAACAACAGGAAUUUUUAAAGGAUGCUCAAGAAACACAAAGAUUACAGACUGAGAAAAUGGUGGAACAGCAAAUGCUCAUUGAUCAGUUAAAAUUGAAGUUAGAGAAGUUUACAGAUGUGAAAACUUUAGAUUGCCCAAGUGCUUAUGAAGAUAGGCCAGCUGUCAUGGCAUUUGCUAGGAGGCCCUACAGUGUCCCAGUCACAAAAAACCUGCUGCACCCCCUUCACCUGCCUUCAAGGACAGAGAUCCAAAAGGGGUAUACCAGCCCCCCUGUCUUGUCCCUGGCCCAGAUAAUGGCAGAAUUCCAUGUUCGCAGACAAAUUAUACUGAGCAAGUUAGAAGAUCAAGAUAAAGUCCUUCACCACCACCUCUCUGAUCAGAGUGAUGAAGAAGACGACAAUACAGGGAGUGAAGAGAAAACCUCAUAUAAGCAUUCCAUAAACCGAACAUGGACACAAAAUCACAAUUCUCUAUGCUUCCUUCCUGAUGUAAAUGACAUGAAGUGUCAUAUAGACAAGUCUGGUGUGUCCAAUAAAUCUGUGCUACAAGCUGACACAACCACAGGUGAAGAGACUGACAGCCUCCAGAAAAUCCAUGUUUUUAACAUGCAGGAGUUUAAGAAUUCAGAGUUGACACUCACUGAGGGUCAGGAUGCUCACUCUGCAAGCAGGCAGUAUUCUUUGAAGAUAAGUAAACUUGAGCAAGAAAUUGAGCAGGCCAAAAGAGAACUGGCUGAAACGCAAAAGCAGCUUCAGGAGCUGAACACUAAAGAGCUGAGAGAAAUUCCUGAGAAAGUCAUGUUACAGAAAGAGUGCCAGAAGAAGAUGGAAGCAGCUAAGUUGAAAGUGCAGACCUUACAGAAGAAGCAGCAAGACACCAAGAACUUGGCUUCAUUAUCUAACCAAAGUGAGAGAGAUGCAAGAGAACUUGAGCAGAAAGUAGCUCAGAUGAAGCAUCAGCAAUCCCAGAUACAGAAGAGACUGUGUGAGGAGAGUGAAAAGAAGAAGCAACUGGAAGCAGAGCUUCAGCAGGACCAGCAACAAAUUAAAGAACUUCAACUUAAGAUGGAGGAACAACAGAAGAUCCUUAAACUCAAGGAUAAAGAAAUUGCUGCUUUUAAAAAGAAGAAAAAUAACUCAGUGGGAACUCCACAGAAACUACAGAAAUUAGAAGGGCAGAAGAAGUGGCUGGAUGAAGAAAUGGAAAGAAUUCUUCAACAGCACCAACAAUUAGCAGAACUAGAAGAAGAUUUAAAGAAAAGAGAAGCUAUUGUAGCAAAGAAAGAAGCAUUAUUGCAAGAGAAAAGCCACCUGGAAAUGAAGAAACUGAGGUCUAGCCAGGCUUUAAACAAUGAUAGUAUGAAAUUGUCUACCCGCUUAAGUUUGCUGGAUCAGGAGCUAUGUGAUAAAAGUAUGCAGCUUCAGGGCAGCACCACUGAAGACAAGUCAGACAUUUUGGAAAAAAUUCAGGCUCUCCAAAUGGAAAGGGAUCAGCUGCUCAGAAGGAGAAAUAGUAUGGAUGAGAAACUGAAAGAUGGUAAAGUGUUGUCAACUGAAGAAGAACAUAUUCUUUUCCAGCUGGAAGAAGGAAUUGAAGCCCUUGUAGCUGCAAUUGAUUACAAGAAUGAAAGUAUUCAUAAUCGCCAGCACUUACUUAGAUCAUCUUCUCAGAGUCUUUCACAGAGCAAGCAUAAUGUACUGGGGAAACUAGUUUCGCUGUCUGCUGCUGAGCUCAGAGGUAUCAUCAUCAGUUAUUUCAACAAGAUUGUUGGCCUACGUGAGUCUGAACGAAAAUUACAAGUGCAGAUUGAAGAACAGGAAAUGAAGUCCAUACAGCAGAAAAACAUGAUGCGUGAAUUAGAAUCUGCACUUGAACACAUCAAGUUGCAGUGUGACAGGCAGCUGACUCACCAGCGCCAAGAGCAUGAGAAAAAAAUACAGUUUAUAUUGAAUCAUUUCAAAGAACAAAACAGUGAAGGUGCUGCAGAAACCCUGAAAGGAUAUGAAGUAAAAAUCCAGCAACUGGAAAAAGAUUUAUUUUUCUAUAAGAAAACCAGCAGAGAGCUGAAAAAGAAACUGAAGGGCCUUCUUGGAGAGUCAUCUGAAUAAUUACUGUCAUCCACUAAAUAAUCCAGAUGUACAACAGAACUAUUCACGUGGAGGAGAAAAGAAGGUUCAGUUUCAUCACUGCUUCUGUUUCACACGUCUCAACACCACCACAAUACCUCACAGGCACAAUAUAGUCUUCUUGGCUUGUUGUUUCUGUUUAAGGCUCGGCAGGACUGGCUAUUCCUCCAAAGGGAUGCUUCUGUUUCUUUCCACUCAGUGCUGUGCCUUCCUACAGAGAGAUGCUGAUCACAUACCUCUACUCCCAGAGUGAAUUAGGGCUCAGCCUUCUCCCUCUAGGCAAGAUAAUGAGCCUACACUUUCAUUACUAUAAAGUACACUAUCAAACUGUGUACAUGAAUAUUCUAGAGAUUGGAUUAUAAAUGAGUUUGGGAAAGAUUAUUCUGUGUCUAAUACACAAAGAAGCAUGUAGUUUAGGAUAUGUAUCUACAUGAGAAAACACCUAUCCUUGGCAAAUUGUAGCAGUGGGAAGAAGGGAGAAUUUCCAACUUUUUCCAAUGCAUAUAUUUGUAAGUUUUAUAACAAUUACUCUGCAUUUAGCUAGUUUUCUUUUUAGUACGUUAUGAAAUGUGUUGCUAUACAAUUCAAUAAACCCAUAAUUUGUUACUGAACUUUAGAAAUAAUAAAAUCCCUGUUUGCAUAUUGCAGUUAAA